AUGCUACCACUCUUUGGGGAUAAUAGACGCCGCGAGAUCAAUCUUGGCGGAUCGAGCUCGGUCACUACCUCUCAAGCAGCUAUCUUGAAUCAGGCCAGAGCUCGAAGAAUAGAGAGGGAAACUGUCCGCAAACGACAAGAGAGUGCAGUUAUAAUCCAGGCUUGGUGGCGUGGCGUCACUGAUGCCAGAAGGGUCCGCCAGGAACUUCGUGAACAGUUCACAGCGGAUAUCACAGGACUCACUGGCCUCCGAUGUCUCGUCCUCAUCGGACAAGACGACGAUAUCCUCGAUAGAUGGGCUGCGGAGGUUCUUUCUCAAGGUUCGCUGUUCAGCCUUGCCCAUGGCCACGAUCGAGAACACUGGCUUGUAUUGAUGCGCCAGGUUUUCUUUCUACUCCUCCGCUCUGUUUCUGAUCGUCCAAGAUCUGAACUCUCAUGCCUUCAAGUCUUGUGCACCCUCUUGAAUCCGGCAGCCGCCGUUGAAGCAUUGGGAUUUUCUGGUAAUCAGCUCACUGUGAGCAUCACCGAAUAUGCUGUGAGACAUGACUUGUAUCAAUAUCUUGCCCGUUCAAUACAAUCCAUUGGUCCGGAGACCAAAAAUGCCCCUACACUACCUUUCUUUGUGGAACUCAUAUAUCGCCCGCUUAACACAUUAGAACGCUCGUCGGAGGCAUUUUUGUAUUGUUUUCAGUUGUUCACCAUUCAUAUACUCACUAUCCCUCUUCUCCCAAAUCGAAUCCCGAUCUCAUCACUUACAGCCCUUUCCGCGAAACUUCCUCUAUCUUCAUUAUCAGUCUUGUCGACCUCCAUCACUGACUUUGUCUCCACAAUCCCUCUCCCAUCUCAUGUGCAUCUUAUAGCUAACCUGUACGCGUUUACCUCCCCAAGAUACGCGAUUCUACCUCUUUCGUCUUUGAAGACAUAUCUUCAGCUCAUGACCGCCUCACUGAGCAUCCUGCCUGUGCAUGCGCUCGAUCCACUAUCAGCAUCCGAUGCCCGCACCCCCGCAAUGUCUUGGGCCGACGAUGGUGACUCGGAAUCAGAACAACCACAAGUCACAGUUGUUGCAUCCUUUGCACCGGCACCAAUGUUGCCUCCGCUGGAUGCUCGGACACAGAAACGCCUCCAGAUCCUUCCGAGUCCUACGCACUUGAAUGCCUUGUUGAAGGCAGCUCAGCUUGAUCGUGGCGCACUCCCCGAUCUUGUCUCGUGGCUUGUUGGCUUGUGCACGGUAUGGCCUACCCGGAAGGACAAAAUACUCAGUACACUACUGCUAUAUGGAGGGGGUGGGCUUGUGCGCGAGAUUUACCGUGACUAUGUACGAAGCUCUCCACUCGGGAAAGAUGAGAACAUGUCAUCCUUGAUGGCAUGGCCACCUCUACUAUUGCUCACCGAGCUGUAUACUCAAUCUCUCUUGACGAUGGGUGAUGACGAAUUUUUCUCCAACUCUCGGACGUCGUUGACUUUGGAUGAAUUGGUCACUUUUUCUCGUGCACUGUUUAACAUCGCGUUCGCUCUAUACUGGCGGGAUGACCAGACGAAGAUCCAAGAGGGCGGUGUGCCAGGUCUGAAUCUCCGUUGGGUAGCUGUACGAGACAAGAUAACGAAAUGUUUGCAAGCUAUCCAUGCACGGGACUCCCGCAAACCAUUCAUGCCAGAGAAUCAUUGGCAUGUAAGCUCUCAGAUCGACAUGAACUCUUUCAUAGAUGCUGCUGUGUUCGAAGAACAACAACUCGAUGCGCCGCGGGCCUUGACGAAGAGACAGGUCUCGUACUUUUCUCCUCGGCUUGGGGUCCUCAACAAUAUUCCGUUUGCUAUCCCAUUCGAGACUCGUGUUUUGAUUUUCCGGCGCUUCGUAGAAAAUGAUAAGUGGAACCGCAACAGAGAUCCACGCGGACGGAUCGAUGUAUCCAUUCGCCGAGGCCACAUCGCGCAAGACGGGUACGACAGACUGGCUGAAGCAGAUCUAAGGGCACCCAUCGCGAUCACAUUCAUCGAUCAAUUUGGAGAGCCAGAGGCCGGAAUUGAUGGCGGCGGCGUGUUCAAGGAGUUUUUUACUUCCUUGUGCAAGGAAGUGUUUGAUACAGACCGCGGACUAUGGCUGGCGAACAAGAGGAAUGAGAUCUACCCUAAUCCCCACUCGUACGCCACGGAACCGCACAAUUUGAACUGGUAUCGCUUCAUCGGACGAAUUCUGGGCAAGGCGCUUUAUAAGGGCAUCCUCGUCGAAGUCGCAUUUGCAGGUUUUUUCCUGGCCAAGUGGCUAGACAAACAAAGUUUUCUGGACGACCUUGCUUCUCUUGAUCCUGAUUUGUACCAGGGUCUCAUAUUCCUCAAGAACUACACCGGAAAUGUGGAAGACCUCGCAUUGAACUUCACGGUUGCGAUCGAAGAGUUUGGGGUUGCCAAAGCUGUCGACCUCAUACCAGACGGCAGCAACGUCCCGGUCACCCGGGAGAAUCGGCUUCAAUACAUCUACCUUACUUCCCACUACAGGUUGAGCAAGCAGAUCAAGCUCCAGAGCGAGGCGUUCUUCGAGGGUCUUUCUGAUAUGAUAGACCCCAAAUGGCUUCGAAUGUUCAAUCAGCAGGAACUUCAGAUAUUGCUAGGUGGCGUGAACGCACCUGUGGAUGUGCAGGAUUUGAGAGCGCAUACCCAAUACGGGGGCUUGUAUGAUAAUGACGAACCAACCAUACAGACGUUCUGGAAGGUCAUGGAGGAUUUCGAUCAAGAACAACGACGGUUAUUCUUGAGAUUCGUCACAAGCUGUAGUCGACCGCCACUUCUGGGCUUUAAGCAGCUAAACCCUCUAUUUGCCAUACGCGACGCAGGCAGUGACCAACACCGAUUACCAACUUCAAGUACCUGCGUGAACCUCUUGAAGCUGCCCAGAUAUACAAGCGAAAAAGUACUCCACGACAAGCUUCUGCAGGCAAUCUCCUCCGGCGCUGGCUUCGAUCUCUCGUAG